AUGAUUAACUCAAGUGUAUUUUCAAAUUGUGUCAAUUUAGAAAAUUUGACAAUCCCAAGUACCAUAAAAGUUAUCGGAAGUUUUGCCUUAUCAAAUACUCUUGUAUUUAAUCUUUCUCUUCCAGAUACUUUUGUAGAAAUUCAAGAUUUUGGACUUGCAAAUAGUAAUAUUCAUUGGAUAAAAUAUCCAUAUACAACAAAAAUUGGUCAGUAUGCUUUUUCAGGCUGUACCUUGCAAACAUUAACAAUUCCAUAUGGUGUCACUUAUAUUGGUAAUUAUACAUUCGCAGGUAGCUUUUUAGUUUGGUUGAAAUGUCCAGAAACAUUAAAUCAGAUAAGAUCAAAUGCGUUUGAUGGAUCUAAAAUAUUAAAGGUUUUUCUUCUGAAUCAUUUAAUUGAUAUUGGCCCUGCAAUAUUUCAAAAUUCAAUGUUAAAGCAUUUUACCCUUUCUGAAGGAUACACAUUCAUUCCAGAAGCGAUGUUUAGCUUUUCUAAAUUAAGAGAGUUCACAAUUCCAAGUUCUGUUACAAGAAUCGAAAGAUGGGCAUUCAGAGGUUGCAAUAUUGAAACAAUAAUUAUCCCUGAAACCAUCACACAGAUACAAACAGGAACAUUUAUGGAUUCUCAACUUCGUACUAUGCGUUUGCCAUCUGUUCUUUCAAGCAUUGAUGAUUAUGCGUUUUAUAAUAGUAAAUUGCAAUUUAUUGAUCUUCCAUAUGGAAUUAAAACAAUUGGUGAUAGUGCUUUCGGAUGUACUCCAAUGGGAAACAUUACUAUUCCAAGCAGUAUGACAGCAAUUGGUACAGGCACAUUCAAGGAUUCAAAUGUUUCCAUAAUUCAUCUUCCUAGUACAAUAAAAUCAAUUGGAAAUUUUGCAUUUUUCAACUCAUCUUUAAUAUCAAUCAACUUAACAUCAGGAAUGAGUGUAGGAAAUUGUGCCUUUGCGUGGACUCCAAUGCCAAAUAUCACAUUACCAAGUGACAGAAAUGCAAUUUAUGACUAUGAAUAUGCAUAUACAAACUUACAAUAUUUCAAUAUUCCGGAUAGUGUGAAAUCAAUUGGAAAAUAUGCAUUUGCAGGCUGUUAUUUUGAUGAAAUUAGAGUUCCCAAAAGUGUUACUUCACUAGGAGAAAGUGUAUUUCGUGAUACUUGUAUCAAAAAAAUAUAUCUUUCUUCUACAUUAAAAUCAAUUGGUCAGUAUUGUUUUAUGAAUGCAACUUGUGAAUUAGUUGAUUUUCCUGAAGGCUUCACCAGCCUUAGUUCAUUUUGUUUUCAAAAAUGCAAUAUUCCAUCAUUGAGAAUUCCAAAUUUAGUAACUUAUAUUCCCACAAAUACAUUCGAUAGCAGUUUGAUUCGUCAUCUUUAG